AUGUUUCUCUGCCAUGUGCUCCAGCGGAGCCUCUCCAUCCUGUUACCCAUAUCGAUAGCGUCGCUCGUAUACCUUUACCUUUACCCCGUUUUUCACGGUUGCGCUUUUCCAGUACCCGCGUCUGACCUCUCCGGACCUGAGCCUGCGUUGGCUUCGUUUACGAAUAUCUUGAAAGAACAUUUUAGAUACGGCAAUCAGAGCCGGGACUCGAAACAAUCAAUUUCUCCCGCGCCGUUUAGAUUACUGGUACUCGCUGAUCCACAGAUUGAGGGGGACAGUUCGCUUCCUGGGCCUAAUGAUGGCUUAGCCGGCCGUUUCUGGAAGCACUGGAACAGUGUCGUGUCGGCGGAGACGUGGGAGGACCGCUUUUUUGCUCUUAGGAAAGGCACAAAACAAGUACUUCUUGUGGAUAUUCCGCGCAGCCUUGAGACGGUUCGCAAGCAGGUGGAUUUGGUCGGAAAUGACUACUAUCUUGCACACAUAUAUCGCACACUACAUUGGUGGGUUAUACCAUCACAUGUCACAGUACUAGGUGACUUAAUUGGUAGUCAAUGGGUCUCUGAUACGGAAUUUGCUGUGCGCUCUGGAAGAUACUGGAAUCAGGUAUUCAGGGGCGGCGUCCGAGUCGAUGACGAGAUAACAAUUACUGGAAUGAAUGGGUAUGGCAACGGAGCGGAGAAGACGGAGAUGUUUACGUUAUCAAAGGAUAGAAGCGAGAAGACGGCAUGGUCGAGUCGCAUUAUCAACAUUGCUGGGAAUCAUGAUGUGGGAUAUGCAGGAGAUAUAAGUGAAAAGCGACUCGAUCGGUUUGAAAGGGAGUUCGGACGACAUAACUGGGAUGUGAGAUUUCAGUAUCCUAUCUCCGCAGGGAACGAUCCAGAGGGCAAGCAGAUAAACGCUUCGAUCCACCUUAUUGUGCUGGAUAGCUUGCUUCUUGACACUCCCGCUCUCAGUCAAUCUUUAGCAAGCCAGACAUAUGGUUUUAUAAAUGAUUUGAUAUCCCACCGCCUACGCCCUGUUGAAGACCAGAGCAGCUUCACACUUCUUCUUACCCAUCUACCACUUCACAAAGAAGCCGGGGUAUGCACCGAUGCUCCCCUUUUUGCUUUCUUCAGCAAGGACGAUGACAAACCUAUUGAUGGGGAGCUACGUUUUAAAGAGGGUGGGUUAAGAGAACAGAAUCACAUCAGCGCUCAGCUCAGCCAUCACGGUAUUUUACAAGGCAUUUUUGGGAUGAGCGGCGAACCCAAUGCCCUUGCUGGGGGUAUGGGAAGGAAUGGAUUGAUUUUAACUGGACAUGAUCACACUGGCUGUGAUACUGAGCAUUUUAUCAAUCGAACUUCGGUUACCUCAGAAGACUCGAGCGACACUUCACCUGCCUGGACAUGGGAUGCUCGGCUAUACAAAUCAGAGAACAAACAGCAUUACAGUUCACCCCCCAAUCCCUCUAUUAGAGAAAUUACCCUCCGUUCCAUGAUGGGCGAGUUUUCUGGCAAUGCUGGUCUAUUGUCACUUUGGUUCGAUUCUCGCCCAUCAGUGAUGGAAUGGAAAUACGAAUUUACUACUUGCCAGUUAGGCGUGCAGCAUAUUUGGUGGGCAGUACAUAUCAUUUGUCUGGUUACAUCGAGCAUAGUCGCAGUUUGGCUUGGAUUGGUCCUACUAGGUAGAAGCACAAAUGCUGAUGUCGCUAUAGUGAAAUCGAUGGCCCCACCAGUUGCUGUGAACUUAAAGAUAAAGCAGGUAUAUAAGCCAAAAGCUACGUGA